UAUAGUACAUAUAUAAAGCCGUGGUGAGCUGAGCUAUAUACCAUUGGGAAUUUUGGAAUGGGUAAAAAGAAAGACAUUGGGGCUGGCUUCUCAAGCAAUGAAGCCACAUGUUUCUAUGCUAUUUUGGAUGCUACAUGUAUAUGUAACUGAUAAAACGAAAUGCAAUCUGCUGUGUUGCUGAUCGUGCACCUGACCUAGAUGACAGACUUUUUCAGAGAGCUCAUAGAAUGAAGUAUGCAUGUUCCCUUCACCUCACUGUUCUGAGAUUACAUUUUGUACACGCGUUUGCUUGCAUUGCGUAUGUACAUAUAGUGUGUGUACCUCUUUUUGCAGGUCUACUGUGGCUCCAUGUUGUAAUAACUUGUCCACCACCUCCACAUGUCCCUCCUGAGAUGCAGCCAUCAGUGAACUCCACCCAUCCUGACGUGACACACAGAGUAGUAGGU